AUGGCGCGGCCCUGCACAGAUCUGGUCGUUCUCGUUGGUCAGCACAUUCGAGCGAUUCUCGAGCGCGUUCCCGGCGCGAAGGUCCUCUUGCUGGAUCAAGAGACAACAGGCAUCGUCUCCACAGCUGUCUCUCAGUCAGACAUUCUACAGAAAGAGGUCUUCCUCGUGGACAGACUCGACGCGCUCCCGCGCGGCCGCUUUGAGCACCUCAGCGGCGUCUGUUUCCUUCGCCCGACGAACGAGAAUCUCCUUCUGCUGCUGCAGCUCCUGCACCAGCAGAGCCGCCGACAAAACAGCCAGAGCGCGGGCGGCGUGCCUCUGACGGAAGACCCCUCUCGACACCCCGACCCCGUCGCGCGCUUCAAAGACAUUUACUUGUUCUUCACCUCCUCGGUGCAGCAGCAGCCGCAGCUCCUCCGGCGUCUCGCGAAACAGGAUGAAGCCGACAAAAUCGUGCAGGUGGAGGAGUUCUACGUCGACCUGUACGCACUCGACCGCGACGUGUUCACGCUGAACAUUUUGGCGGUGGCGCCGCUGCAUGUCCAGGACCUUUCUCUGUGGACGCCCUACGAGGAAUCGCUUUUCCAGCGCAUGACAGACGGCCUUUUUUCCUGCGUUGCCCUUCUCCGCACCUUCCCUCUCGUCCGCUUCCAGUCCAACAGCGUCGUCAGCAAGCGCCUCGCCGCAGCACUUCAGAUGCGGAUGGCGGAGAACGCAGAUCUCCUUGACAAGCGGCCGCAGGGCUCCGGAAAGGCAGGUUCGGCGGACGCAUCGGGAGGAAGCUCGGCAAACGGCGGAAGCAAACUGGUUCUUUUGAUUGUAGAUCGGCGCGAGGACCCGGUGACACCGCUGCUGAAUCAGUGGACUUACCGAGCAAUGCUUCACGAGCUGAUUGGAAUCCAAAACAACCGCGUGGAUAUGCGGCGCAUCCCAGGCACAAACGAAGAUCUCCUUGAUAUUGUCAUGAAUCCAGCGCAGGACAAAUUCUUUAGGGAAAAUCUCGAUUCGAACUUUGGAGACCUGGGCUUGAACGUGCAGAAGUACGUCCGCGAGUAUCAGUCCAAGACCGAGUCUUCGGGGCAGCUGGAGUCUGUGGAAGACAUGCAGCGCUUUGUCGAUGCGUACCCUGAGAUCCGGAAGCUCGCAGGCAACGUCUCGAAGCACGUGACCGUCAUCCACGCGCUCUCCAAGAUCGUCAACGACCGGAAGCUGCUGGACGUGUCUUCGCUGGAGCAAGAGAUCGCCUGCAAGGAGGCGCGCAGCGAGCACUUCUCUCAAGUCGCCGAGUUCGUCCAGAACGACCGCAUCAGCAACAUGGACAAGCUGCGACUCGUUCUCCUCGUCUCACUCAGAUACGAGGGCGAUCCUCGCAUCCAAGAGCUGACUGACGGGCUCAGACGCGCUGGAAUUGACGAGGAGGAAAUUCUUCUCGUCAGCGCCAUGACGCAGUACGCCGGCAGACACGUCCGCAGCGCCGACCUCUUCUCGAAUCGGAACUUCUUGGCCGUUGCCAGGAACACUUUGCAGCGCGGCUUGAAAGGCACCUCGAACGUCUACACGCAGCACAGGUCGCUGCUGUCUUCCACUGUGGAGAGCCUCAUCAAAGGGCGGCUGUCGAACGAACACUACCCCGUGUCUCCGCCGGUGGAAUACGGAGCAGCAGCUGCGCCGCAUCUUUUGCAGCCUUCACGUGAAAAACCACAGACGGUUGUCGUCUUCAUGGUAGGAGGAGCGACCUUCGAGGAAGCGCGGGACAUGCGAGACCUCUCGAAGCUGACAGGCUGCACGGUUCUCCUCGGCGGCACGACGAUUCACAACUCACGGUCCUUCUUGGCAGACCUCUCGCAGCUUAUCAAGGGCCAGGCUCUCCACAUCCUCAGCUGA